CGCGUUGUGCGUGAGCAAGGUACUGCUCAUCUGUACCCUCAUUCUCAUCGUAUACCAUGGCCAGUGCAGACGGAGGUGCCUACAGUUACUCCUUGACCGUCUUCUCCCCGAGCGGCAAACUCGUUCAGAUCGAGCACGCGUUAGCGGCCGUCUCUCAGGGAACAACUAGUUUGGGAAUCAAAGCGACAAAUGGCAUCGUCAUCGCAACUGAGAAGAAGUCCUCCUCUAUCCUAGUCGACGAUUCCAUGCUCGACAAGGUCGCGGUCAUCUGCCCAAACAUCGGGAUUGUCUACUCUGGAAUGGGGCCCGACUUCCGGGUCCUGAUCACGAAGGCGCGCAAGACUGCACAGGCGUACUGGAAGAUCUAUGGCGAAUACCCACCCACGCGCGUGUUAACGCAGGAGAUCGCCACCGUCAUGCAGCAAGCCACGCAGUCAGGAGGUGUCCGACCAUACGGUGUCUCCUUGCUCGUCGCAGGCUGGGACAGCAAUCGCGGCCCUUCCCUGUACCAGGUUGACCCGUCAGGGUCGUUCUGGGCAUGGAAAGCGAGCGCGAUAGGGAAGAACAUGGUCAAUGCGAAGACGUUCUUGGAGAAGCGCUACAACGACGACAUCAGCCUGGAGGACGCCAUCCACACAGCGCUAUUGACCCUGAAGGAGGGCUUCGAGGGCCAGAUGACAGAGAAGACGAUAGAGAUCGGCGUAGUCACUGUGCCCACGCUUGCUGAGCUCGAGGCGGAGGCACCGGAAGGUGCCAUGUCCAGGCCGAAGCCGACUUUCAGAAAGUUGACGGAGGAAGAAGUUAGGGAUUAUCUGGCUCUGUAAUAUCACUGUACGCAUAUGCAUGUUAAGGACCGAAGUUUUUGGCUGAAGUACAGAUCACGGAGGUUCAUGGACUCGGUGUCGACACUCAGUCUCGGGCAGAGGAAUUCGGCGCCUUGACGGCUCCGAGUGGAAACGUGUGCAAAAGCUCGCCUCGUUACUCACACCCAAAUAUCGUUUGUCUCUUUCCGUUCGCCGGCCUGUCGGGGCUUGAGGGGUGUAUCCUCGUGAGAGCAGGCUCCAGAUGAGCGCUAGGCGCUAAUUGCCCUAUCUCACGUGCAUCAUGGAGGGAACCCUGAAGUUGAACUUCGGACCAAACCCAUAUUGAUCAGUUCUUAUCCCCACUGGGAUAGCCUCCGGG